GCGCUUCCGUCAAGGAACACAAAAGUACGCGGCCAUCUUCAACUCUGCAAAAUUAGACGUGAGGUCAUACCCAAUUUGCCGGCUUCCACGAGCCACAACAGGAACAUGACUUGGACGCAACAAUGUGGCGGGCGCGGAGACGGCAGUCGAACUCUAUCCGCUGACCCUUGCAGCUGGCCCCACUGGAAAUCGGAUUUAGUCCGUAUCCUAUACACGCUUCCAACCAAGAAGUACAGCUACAACUCGAGCCCCAACCAAACGUGCUCCACCGGGGCUAGAGAAUCGACCGUUAUGACUAGUUGGGUUCAUGGAACCUGAAUGACUUUUUGCCCUUCAAAGUCUUCGUUGCUAGCACAAUUUAUUUUGACAACUGUUCGCUUUGAGGCGGCGAAUAACGCCGGUUCGAGGCGAGCCCUAGACCCGCACAAGGUUUGUCGACAAGUCCCAGUACGGCUGAAAGAUCUGCUUUCGGGAGUCGGGGGUGCCCGAUCUGCAACCGCGUGGCUGUGUAGCCAACGUGUCAAGCCACCCCUUGAUUGUCAACUACCGACGACUCAUAGCAGCCCAAUCUUUUCCUUUCCUGCCAUGAUUUUUAUCGCCUUCGAGAUUGCCUCAACUGCUCAACCGGGAUGGUGUUGUCAACUGUGGUUUCAUGCAACGCCCGCCGUGGGUUGCGUAUAUGCGUGUGUUUGUGUGUGGAAUACGUGGAUGGCGAAAACCCUCCCCAGAAAAACAGGGCACGCCCGUUCCCGUGAGGCGGUGAAGAUAUGCCUCCCAGCCCGACCGGUUUUCAACGACACAUCAUUUACAAAUACAGCUUUUUUUCGCCGCUUGUUGGUUGUAUGCCCGUGACUCAUUCGUAGGAUUGACUUUUCCUGCGAUGACAUGUACUGGGCUUAAGGAUCGAAGCUGAGACGGUGAGAGACGAAGAAUGAGAC